UCGACAAUCCGACAAUGAUUUAAACAACAAUGAUGGGGUACAAAGAAAUAGUAUUUAUAGGAUCCAAAUUGAAUCAGGCCAGGUAGAAUCGGAGCUGUUUAAAUAUAAUACUCUACGAGAAACCGAGCUCGAUCUUUUUAACGCCGACUUCGCGUACACGUUCGAUCGAUCACGGUCAGUUUUCUCUUUUAUUUAAAUUUCAUUUGUAUCGAUUCAAUCCGGGAUUCGCAGCCAUUUUGAACCACCCGUUUACCUUUUAUCCCCGUGAGAAUUUGAAAUAAAAAAAUAUUUCUUCAUCAAAAUAUUUUGAUAAUAAUCUAUUGUGAGAAAGUAUAUUGGAAUACGUAUUUUAAGAAAAUAUUAAACUGGUCGCGUUAAAAUAGAUGCUUUCUGAGAUUAGAGUGACUUAUAUGAACGUCAAGGACUUCUGGAGUCACGAGAGGCCUCCUACUAACGAUCAUAUGUAUAUACAGGAUAGAGCUGUACGGCACACAAGCUACGUCCGGCUGCCAGUGACAAUACUGUAUAUUGCUUUUACCCGGCGAGUCGCUAGGAUGGACGAUUUCUACGGCGAUUUGCAAGAAGAGUCAUUAGGACGAUCAUCAAUCAAAUACCAAAAUAGUGGAUACUACUACGAACCUUGGAUAUCGCUUGCGACAAUACGGAGCCAUCUCACCCCAAUUGCUGAACGCAGACGUGAUCAAGGUCAAAGAAGAGUUACGGUUUUGCAUGUAAAAUAAAUGACUGUGUAUGAUCCUCGAUUUUUCAUGGAAAAAAAGAGAGAAAUUUUUUAGUGAUAAAGAAGAAAUAUUUUUCUGGAAACAAACAUUUUGGUUUAUUUCAGAAAAUAUUAAAUAUUAAACGUUUUAUAAGAAAGAACGAAUACAGGCUAUUUAUUUUAUCUAAAUAGCCAUCUCGCCAAAUGUUGAACGCAGACGUGAUUAAGAUCGAAAAAGAAUUACGAUUCUACACGUAAUAUAUAUCAUUGUAUUUUUAAACUCUUUUUGAAAAUAAUGUUAUCAUUUACUUUAGAAGAUGGAAAUGUAUAUAUAAGAUUUAAUCUAAUUUAUCAAAAUACAUUGAAAUAUCUUUUAAGGAAAGAAUAUUGUGAAAAAAUAUUUUUAAAAAAGUUGUUUGGGUAUAAAUUAAUAGAUUAUACAAUAUUAUUGCCUCUCUAUAGACGAACGCGUCAAAUGUCAUGCGAAGGUUAAUUUUAAUAGAUGUGUCAAGAUAAUAUUAAGAUAAAACAAAUACAUUGUUGAAUAAGCUUCAAAACGUAUAAAAUAUGUGUAAAAAAGUAAUUAACUUUGUAAACACUUUGAAGAAAUAAUUAUCUUAGAUAUAAAAGUAAUCGAGCUACUCAAAAAAGAUAAUAGAAAAAUAAGUUAAUUUCUUUCAAAAAAAUAAUAUGUAAUUAUAAAUAAAUGAAAUAGCCUUCACUUAAAAAAAA